AUGGCUCUUACUAAUCGUUCGGAUUCUGCCUUAUUUAUUACUGUCAAUUCGCCAACAUUAUUAUCGUCGUCGUCAUUAUAUUAUAGUAGUACAAUGGCUGGAAGAUCUCUAGUGUAUCCCAACGAAACAACAACAGAAGCGGGCUCGAAACAUUUGAAAUUCGUUGAAAAUCUAACCACGCAAAUCACACUGAUUGUUUCUGUGAUCGGCUUGAUUGGUAAUGCUUGUACCAUGAUUGUACUCAAUCGACAAGCUAUGCGGAAGUGGCGUUCUUCGAUGUUACUAUCAGCUUUAGCUGGCGUUGAUUUUCUUUAUUUAUUAAUAAUCUUUCUGUCAAUUGUUGAUACAUCAACAGGCUCAAUCAUCGGUUUUCAUCGUUCAUUAAUAGUCUGUGAAGUCACUGUUUAUAUCACACACAUUUGUUCAUUUCUCUCAGCUAAUUUUACGUUAUCAUUUACGCUACAACGGUUCGUUGCUGUUCUUUUCCCAUUACAUGCCAAUACGAUCAUAUCAAGUCGUUCGUCAACAAUAAAUAUCUUCAUAUUAGUUUUAAUUGGUUGUAGCUUUUACUCGUUUAGUUUUUUUGUUACACAUAUUUCAAAGAAUCAAUGUGAAGAAAACGAAAAUCAUCCCGCCCUGUAUCCAUUAUUGAUUGUUGAUACGUGUUUAACGUUUGUUCUACCAUUCAUAUUUAUUCUACUCUUCAAUUGUGCAAUUGUGUAUAAAUUAAGAAACAGAAAACGGUUUACAAAUAUUUUCGGGGGUUCAUUAACGACCGCUCCAGGCUCACGCAAUCAACGAACGUCGUCACCGAUUCGCUUGUCGAAAGGAGAUUUAUAUCACGAACGACAACGGCUGUAUGAAUCAAAUUCGAUUGACACUAAUUUUAUUCCAUUGAAAGAUACAGCGCGCACAUCUAUUGGCACACCAACAUCGCAAACAAAUCGACAGAUAUCCUCGUCAUGUAUAGAAUCUACAGUUCCAAUUCCAAACGAGUUAUCUCCUGUUUCGGCAGCCAAUUCCAAUAGCAAUCGACAAGCGAUAUCACAACGUACAACGAAAAUGCUUGUUAUUUGUUCCACCACUUUUCUCCUGUUCAAUUCGCCUUAUUGUGCUGUUUUACUUUAUUCAAUUAUAUCAAAGAAAGACUUUAAACGUACACUGGGAAUCUUACGGCAUUUCUACUUCAUGUCCUUCUGUUUGAAUUUCUUUCUCUAUUCAUUAUGUGGAAAUCGUUUUCGUCAUGAGUUGAUUACGCUCUUCAAAUCAUGCUGGCAAAAAUGUUGCACGCAGAACAUGCGCUCACAUUGGUUACGAAUUGAUAAACUUCCACAAGAACAAAAUUUCACACGUGUUCCUUCGAAAACAGACGCUUGA